UGCCUUUGAGGGAGAGUACACACAUCAUAAAGCUCAAGGAAUAUACAAAUGUGUUGUUUGUGGGACUCCUUUAUUCAAGUCAGAAACAAAGUUCGACUCCAAUUCAGGUUGGCCUUCCUUCUAUGAUGUGAUCAGUCCUGAUGCAAUUACUUUCAACGAUGAUUUCUCCUACGGGAUGCAUCGGAUUGAAAUAUCCUGCAGUCAGUGUGGUGCUCACCUGGGGCAUAUUUUUGACGAUGGACCUCGCCCAACUGGCAAACGGUACUGCACAAACUCUGCUUCGUUAUCUUUCAAGCCAGCAGACAAGAGCAACGCUGGAGAAGGCAGCGGUAACACCAGUCCUGCCCAAACAGGCAAAACUGAGCUGUAG